AUGCCUCCGACUUAUUUGUCUGGCGCUUGCCUCUGCAAGAAUAUCACAUAUCGCGUUGUCUUGCAUACCCCUGAGUCAUAUCCUGAUCUGAUUAUCUGCCACUGUACAAAUUGCAAACGCUACACUGGCGCGGGGUUUUCCACGAAUAUCAUCGUCCCAUCCUCUGAUUUUCAGUACACAAAAGGGUUACCUAAAUUGUAUCUGGAUAUCGGUAACAAAGAAGGGCAGGUCUUGCGAGAAUUUUGUCCCGAUUGUGGUACACCGUUUACGUCGCAAUCGAAAAGUGACAUGCAGAUGGUCGCGGUGAAGUCUGGGACACUUGACGACGAACACCGAAUUAAAUGCACAAAGCUAGCAGCGGAAAUAUAUCACCAUCGAAAGGAUGGAUGGGUGACCAGCAUAGGGACUGAGGAUGUUCAGAAGAUCAAUGGUAGUAUGGGAUAG